GGCGCAUUCUACAGAAACUUAUCUGGUCACUCAGGUAGAGCAUUUCUGCUGAAACAGCAUCUCUUGACUAGGCCGACUGAGCGAUCAUUCCACAGAGCUUCCUUUUCAAUCCUCGUGGAAAAAAAUUGCAUUGGUUCCAAUUUGCACAUUAAGGAUCGCUGGCUCAUCUGAUUUAUCACGUGCCGAUCACACAUUCAACUCUCGGAAACUCCCACCAUGAAGUUAAUCCACUCACAUCUAGUCUACGAUCACGGAAAGAGUGUGGCUUCCAACUCUCAUCGAAAGAUGGCUAAAAAAGACUCUCCGACCAAGGCGAUCAAGGAGCUGGGCCACCAGAUUACCGAGAUGUCCGUCAACAUGAACUCGAGGAUGGACGAAAUAUCCAGCAAGGUCGACUCCAACUCGGUCAAGUUGGACGACUUGACAAGCAGGGUGGAGGCACUGGAAGAAGGGUCUCGUGCUUCAAGCAGCUCUUCGCACUACAGCAGCUAUCGCCCCAACUCUGCGGAUCCAUACCAAACGGGCGGUGCCAGAGGAUCUCCCCAGGGCGGCAAUUAGAGGCCAUAGGAGAUCAUACGAUGCUUUCUCUACAAAUAUGCUACUCGCUUCAUCCCCCUACUCUACUCAAUUCGAUUUGACGUGUCAAUUUCUAUUCUAUCGUCUUAUGUGCAAUAAAAGUGCUUUGCAGUGUUUAAUAAAGUCAAGCAUCAUCCCAUGA